GAGAUUGACAAGCAAAUUCAACUGCGAGACCAUGCCGGGACCUUACAUGCAUCAUGGACGCAAUCUCACAUGUCCAUCUUCGCAGACGACAAACAUUGUUUUUGGGAUAUCCAGUCGUGCUAUGCCUUUGAACGAGCUCUACGACAAAUCAGGAUUGUAAUCGAUGUCAUUUCGAGCUCAGGCAUGGUGAUCAACUUCCAGAAAUCAAUGGCCGUCCUCGCGCUGAAGGGCACCCAGGCGCAGCAAAUCAUCAAACGGCAUACAAAGCAAUGGAAUGGUGAUAAAUGCUUGGUGCUGCGCAGUGAGGACAAUGACAUCCGCAUUCCUAUAGUGCCAAACCUGACGUAUCUGGGGGUUGUCUUAAACUAUGGCCAGUUUGAGCAGGCCACGGCCAAAUAUCGAUGCACGCAGGCCAACGUCAGCUUCGCGCAGCUCAAGAAUGUGCUGAGGGUAAAUGGCGUCCUCAACAAGGCGCAGAGACUCAGAGUGUACAAAGCAUGUGUGUGGCCCUCCCUUCUUUAUGGCAUAAGUGCGGUAGGAGUCACUCACGCAGCCCUUCGUGCUCUACAAAGCACUGCGGCUCAGCACUUACGCAAAAUCCUGCGCGUUCAUGAGAAGGGCCACACAAACAACUCCAUCCUCGAGCAGGCGGACUUGAUUCCACUUCAGCACAUCAUACAACGCCUGGACAAACAGGCCGGGACCCUGAAGCAGGAUGUUAGCCGACAUGCAGAGCUUCGAUGUCGGGAAGAGCGUCGAUUGCAACAAAUAAUCGAGCAGGUACAGAUUCUGCAGGCGCAUGGCCCAACGCAGGCUUUGACACAGGCAGAUACGGGUUCCAUUGCCCAGAUCCCGUGCCCGGUCUGCGGAGUGUACUUCGGCACUGCGGAAGGUCAGAGCAUCGAUCAACUACUCGAGGAGAUCUACCAGGAAGAAUUACGAGAUCCUCCACAACCACCGGUGGGCAAUGAGCAGUCAGCAUCAAAGGCCAGCCAUGGCGAGGUAUGGAAACAUGUGCAACUUCAUGCGCGCACGAAGGCCAAAAACACCAAAGAGCACACCGUGAAAUGCCCGAUGCUGUUCCAGGAACCCAAGUCCGAGCUCAUUGCAGCCAAUGAUCUGGGAAAGGCCGCGACAGUCUCAUCUUUGCAGAUCCGAACCAUUGCCGGCAUGCAGCAGGCCAGGCAGCGCACUGGUACCAUCAAGGACUUCUUCGGGCGACGGCCAGUGCCCCAUCAAGUGCCCCCAGCAGCGCAUCGACCCUGGUAUUGUCGUCUCAGGCUGGACAAUCCCUCCUCGCUCUGCUACGCCAACGCGGGCGUCUUACUCCUGGUGCAUGGGUCAAGCCAACUCUGUAACUACCCGGAGGAGCUGAAGUUCCUUCGAGCAGUUGGGCGCAACGCAGCUGAGCGGGAUGUCACCCUGCUGCUGCCUCGGAUGCAUGGCUUACGCAAGCUAGCUCCACAAUGGGAGUUCGGCGCGGAACAGAAGGAUGCGGCUGAGCUUUUGCGUGUGAUGUUCACGCAACUUCCUGAUCUGCAGGUGGUGUGGGACACUCGCACCAACGCAGAAGAAGGAGUGCGCCUCCGGGUACAAG